AUGGCUCCUGGUGGAGAGGUAUGUUUGGUGCUACAUGUAACUGUUACCUGGUGUACUAUCACGAUACAAAAUUCGGAUAAGCUUGUAGAAUCAGUUUCUUUUUCCACGCCUCAGAAACUUUUUGUCAAUCCUGAAGUAUUUAGAAAACUCUUUAAACCAACUAUAGAUGCCUUAUUCAAACAUCUAGACAAACUCUUUAAGGAUCCAAAUCUCUACGACCUCCAUCAUAUCAUAAUGGUAGGGGGAUUUUCCGAAUGUGAGCUUGUUCAAACGGCAAUGAGGAAUAAAUUUCCAAAUAGGAAAAUCAUUAUUCCCGACGAGGCUGGACUAGCAGUUUUAAGAGGUGCCGUUUUAUUCGGACAUCAACCAAAGAAAAUAGGAAAACGAAUAUUGAGGAAGACUUACGGAAUACAAAGCUGGCCUGAAUGGGACGCUGAAUUACACCCGGAAACCAAAAGAGUGCGAAUUGAUGGAGUCGAUCGUUGUAAAGAUGUCUUUUAUAAAUUUGCUGUCAAAGGUGAAAAAGUAGAAGACGGACAUUCUUCUGGACAAAUAUUUCAGGCGUUAAAAACAGACGAAAAAACCCUUGAGUGUACAGUAUACAUAUCCGAUGACACUAAUCCUAGAUAUGUCACAGAUCCCAGUUGCCAACGCCUCGGGAAUCUCGUUGUCCCAAUACCUCCCCUCAAAAAAGGAGAGACUCUUGAAAUUGAAGAAACAAUGAUAUUUGGUGGAGCUGAACUCUUAUUCAGAGCAAAGAAUAUGAAAACGGGUGAAAUUUGUGAAAGUCAGUUUGAACUAUAUUAGUGAAUAAAAAUUUGAAGC